AAUCCUUGGAACUUCUCUGCCUAAUAGUCGACCUCUCUUUGUGCAAGAUCUUCUUCUUCUUCACUCAAUAGCCAACAUCUUCUCUGUGCAAGAUCUUUUUCUUCUCUGCCCUAUGGCUAGCCUCUAUCCGUGCAAAAUCUUCAUCUUCUCUACCUAACAGCUAGCCUUUCUUUGUGCAAGAUCUUCUUCUUCUUUGCCCAACAACAACCCACCCAAUCCUUAGAACUUUCCCAAGCAAUCCCUAGUCCCAUUCCACGAAUUGGGGGUCGAAAUCCCUAGAAUUUUCACAACCAUUCUUGUCCUCAUUACUUUGAUCUUGAUCUUCUUCUUCUCUCCUUCAGUGUUGUAGAUUUCCUUUUAGCCUUUCUUUGUCGUUAAUACCAGCCCACCCAACGGUCAAUCCCUAGUCCCAUUUCACGAUUUAAGGGGUGAAAUCCCUAGAAUAGAAGCCCACCCAACAACAACACAAGGACCCAUAGCCAAUCUCGUCCUUAUCACUCUAAAUUUAAUCUUUGUAGUAAUGUUCGUUUAGCUGAACGUAAAAAUCGUACUUUAAUUGAUUUGACUAAUGCUAUGCUUGUUAGUUCAUGUGCACCAUCUAAUUUGUGGGGUAAAGCUGUUUUGACUACAUGUUAUAUGUUAAAUCGUAUUCCUAAUAAGAAGACUAACCUGACUUCUUUUGAGUUGUGGAGAGGCUAUAAGCCAAAUCUUAGCUAUCUCAAAGCUCGGGGAUGCUUGGCUUAUGUAAGAUUGACAGAUCCAAAAAGACCAAAGUUGGGUGCAAAAGCUGCGACAUGUGUAUUUAUUGGGUACGCAACUACAAGUAAGGCUUAUAGAUUCCUUGAUCUUGAUUCUAAUGUUGCUAUUGAAUCUGUGGAUGCUAUAUUUCAUGAAGAUAAAUUUCCUUUUAAACUUAAGAAGGAUGGAAGUCAUGAUUUUACAAAACAAAAUGAUUUUGAACCUAGUUCCUCAAUUUCAUCUCAUUUUCAAAACCAAGAGGACAUGGAUUUUGAACCUAAGAGAAGUAAAAGAACACGUAAAGAAAGAGAUUUUGGUUCAGAUUAUUAUGUAUAUAAUGUAGAUGGAGAACCAUUGUCUUUUCAAGAAGCUUUAACUUCUUCUGAUUCUGAUUUUUGGAAAGAAGCUAUCAAUGAUGAAAUGGAUUCUUUGAUUUCUAAUAAAACUUGGAAGUUGGUAGAUUUACCUCCUGGUUGUAAAACAAUAGGAUGUAAAUGGGUUUUGAGGAAAAAACUUAAACCAGAUGGAACCAUAGAUAAAUAUAAAGCAAGGCUUGUUGCAAAAGGCUUCAAACAAAAAGAGGAACUAGACUUUUUUGAUACCUUUUCACCUGUAACAAGAGUGACUUCCAUUAGAGUACUUAUAGCUGUAGCCGCCGUUCACAACAUGCUCAUCCAUCAAAUGGAUGUUAAAACGGCAUUUUUAAAUGGAGACUUGCAUGAAGAAAUUUACAUGGAUCAACCUGAAGGUUUUGUUGUGCCUGGCCAAGAGGACAAGUUGGAAUGUUAGGGAGAAUUACUAGCAAGCCUAAUUCCUUUCAUUGGGAGUGUAUUAAACACUUAAUGGGAUAUUUAUGUGCUACCAAAAAUUAUGGUUUAUGUUAUCAAAGAUACCCUGCUAUACUUGAAGGAUUUUGUGAUGCUGAUUGGAACACCUUGUUAGGGCUAGGCACUAUACCAUAAAUGCCACAAUUACCAUUGUAUCGUUCCAUUACUAGCGGAAACAGUAUGGUAAAUUACCAUAUGGUAAGUUUAAAUGGUAAUAUGGCAAUACCGUUUAGACCUGUGGUACGAUAUUGGUAUUGGAGGUCAUUACCACUUUUACCAUAUGGUUACCAAAUUUACCACUCAUUCAAAACUUUUUCCUCUUUUUUUUUUUUAUUCUACAAAGUUUUCAAUUGUUGCUAGUUCUCUUUUUUGUUUUUUUUUUUAUGUGUGCAUGUUUUGUAUAAUUAUAUAUUUGUAUGCUUCAAGAUGAUGAAGAAUGAUAUGAAGAAAAUAAGUUUUUAAGA